AUGAGUGAUAAGUUUAUGUGGCCCCAUACUAGGAAUGAUAAGUUUACUAUUAAAUCAGCUUACAGAAUCUAUAUAAAUGACAUUGCUCCCUUAGAUGACUCUGUCUUUUGGAGGAAAGUUUGGAGUAUCGACUGUUUGCCCAAGAUUAAGUUUUUCUUAUGGAAAAUUUUUGCGUAUAUGAUUCCAGUUAAUUCAAUGUUACAGUUUUAUAACCCUGAUGUGGAUGUGAUUUUCCCUCUCUGUCACUGUCAUGAAGAAACAGUUCUACACUUGUUCAUAAAAUGUACAGUUGCAAGACACAUCUGGUUUGGAGUUUCUUUACUUCAUUUAAUAUCCCCGGAUUUGGAUUGGAUCGAUGACUACUUUCUGUAUUGGCAUAAUUCUGAUCUGGGUGAAUCUCCCUUUAAUGUUUCUUGGCCUAGCAUAGGUACUAUUACUAUGUGGUAUAUUUGGAAGCUACGGUGUGAUGUGAUCUUUAGAAAUGCUUCUAUUGAUCUGAAUAAGUUCAUCUUGGAUACUAAGAGAAUGUUUAACAUUUACAUUUCUCCUCGCAUUCGUCCUGCUGAUGUGCAUAGUGAUAUUAAGAUCCCUAUUGCUGAAGUGGAUCAUUUUAUGUUUGUUGAUGGCUCUUUUAAAGACUUUAAUAUGGGUUUGGGUGUUAUUUGGUGUGAUGUUGCAGGAAAUGUAAGAAGUUCUUGUUCGGACUAUGGUUUGAUUCCAGAUGCAGUAGGUGCUAAAGCUGGUGCUCUAAUUUUGGCUAUCUCUUGGGCAGAAGAGAUGAAUCUUUCCAGAGUCGUCUUUGUUAGUGAUUGUAUUCAACUUGUGCACUUCAUAAAUGGAGUCAAUUCUAAUAUUGCUUGGAUAAGUAGUGAUUUACUAGAUCGAUGUCGGAGUUUAAUUUCCAGUUCAGUUUCAUUUAAAAUCAUGUACAUUAAGCGUGUGAAAAAUCAUCUAGCUGACCGACUUGCACGUCGGGCUAGAAAACUUAGUCUUUCGGGUCUCCCUUCCUUCUUUUUUGAACUCUCUUAUUAG